GCUUCACUGCGAUCAGUUCCUGGCCAUGUCCACAUUGAUGCGGUCGCGGUGUCGCAGCACAGCCCUGCAGGCAGUUUUCUGCGCUGCUUGGACCCUGUCCAGUCGAGCGCUGUUGAGAGGGCAGCUAUUUGCCAUGCCAACGGGUGGUGCUGAUGGGGAGGUACAGGAUUAUGAAGCAGCUUUCCAGAAGCGUUUUCAGCAGGUUAAGAAGCAAGAAGCAGAAGCUCCAAAGCAGAGGGCAAGGAAGGUCAAGAAGGAGCCCUCAGCGCCUGCUUGGUGGGCCUUCUGGGAAAACCGUGCCGGAGCAGAAGGUCAAGGCAAGAAUUUUCUGAGUCCAUCGGAAUGGAACUACUUGGUGGUAUUGGUUGGAGUUUUGAUGGUUCUCACCAGUGUGAUUUUCGCGUGGAAGAUGUCCCCCUGGGGUCGCGGAUUUUAGCAGAGCCUUGACCGCUCAGCUUUGCUGCCUCAGUAGCCACUGGAUCAGCUUGGGGAAUGAACAUCGCUGCCAGCUGCUGCAUUGAUCCUUUCUUUUGCAGAUUGAACUGUGAAUCAGUGAACUGUUUAGCAAAUAUGUCGCUGCUACUCAAUUCCUUUUUUUUGGUCUCUUGUUGUGACGGUGUGUUUGGUCAACUCGAGGGCGACGUUAUGCCACGUCGAUUGUGAUCGAAAAAUAUCUAAUCCUGAGGGAGGAAGCUCACAUUUUUUGGCGUGCACUCUUUCGAGAUGUCCACCCAAAAAAAA